AUGGAGUACUUAUCAAGAAGCCUCAAAACACUAAACCAGAUACCAGAUUUCAACUACCAUCCUAAGUGUGCAAAGAUGAAAAUCUUGCAGCUUGGAUUUGCUGAUGACCUUUUAUUGUUUUGCAGGGGUGAUAUAGGCUCAAUAAAGCUCUUGUUCCAAUGCUUCAUGGAGUUCUCAAAUGCUUCUGGCCUGAUGAUCAAUAAACACAAGAGUUCCAUCUUCUUUGGUGGAGUAUCACAAGCUGAUCAGGAGGAAAUCCUAGAGUUUCUAGGAAUUCAAAAGGGUAAGCUGCCAGCACAAGUUUUUGUGUUGCCUAAAAAGAUUACAAAGUUAAUUGAAGCAAUGUGUAGAAGUUUUUUGUGGACUGGCGAAGGAAGUAUAUCGAAGAAGGCUCUACUGGCAUGGGAGAAAGUCUGUUUGCCUAAAUCUGUAGGAGGCUUCAACAUUAUGAAUAUAGCUGUGUGGAACAAGGCUGCCAUCUGUAAGCAAUUCUGGAAUUUGUGCAAGGAGAAAAAGAAACUGUGGAUCCAGUGGAUACAUAGCUACUAUAUCAAAGGAAGACACAUAUGGGAUGUUCAACUAAAACAAGCAUCGUGGAUAGUGAAUAAGAUUUUAAAAUCAAAGGAGAUAUUCAUGAAUGCAGGACUCAACUAUGAAGACAUCAUGAAUAUGCAAAGUUGCUCAAUCAAAAACAUAUAUCACAAGUUGCGUGGAAGAUUUGAAAAAGUUAGUUGGAGAAGGAUAGUCUGCCAUAAUACAGGAUGCCCACGAUGGACAUUUAUUCUAACUGUGGCAGCUCAUGGAAAGCUAUACACAAAGGAUAGAUUGCAGAAGUGA